UGGGGGGUGCCUCCUCCCCACCCGGAGCCCCAGGCUGAGGAGAUGGAAGAACAGGUGUUCAAGGGGGACCCGGACACCCCUCACUCCAUCUCCUUCUCGGGCAGCGGCUUCCUCUCCUUCUACCAGGCUGGGGCGGUGGACGCCCUGCGGGACUUGGCCCCCCGGAUGCUGGAGACCGCCCAUCGCUUCGCCGGGACGUCGGCGGGCGCCGUGAUCGCCGCCCUGGUCAUCUGCGGCAUUGAGAUGGAUGAGUACCUCCGAGUCCUCAACGUGGGCGUGGCCGAGGUGAAGAAGUCCUUCCUGGGGCCCCUGGCGCCCUCCUGCAGGAUGGUGCAGAUGAUGCGGCAGUUCCUGUACCAGGCCCUGCCUGAGGACUCCUACAAGGCCGCCACCGGGAGGCUGCACGUGAGCCUCACCCGCUUCACCGAUGGAGAGAGUGUGGUGGUUUCCGAGUACACGUCCAAAGAGGAGCUCAUCGAGGCCCUGUACUGCAGCUGCUUUGUCCCCGUGUACUGCGGCCUCAUCCCCCCUACCUACCGCGGUGUGCGGUACAUCGACGGCGGCUUCACGGGCAUGCAGCCCUGCGCCUUCUGGACCGACUCCAUCACCAUCUCCACCUUCAGCGGCCAGCAGGACAUCUGCCCCCGGGACUGCCCCGCCAUCUUCCACGACUUCCGCAUGUUCAACUGCUCCUUCCAGUUCUCCCUGGAGAACAUCGCCAGGAUGACCCAUGCCCUGUUCCCUCCGGACCUGAUGGUCCUGCACAAUUACUACUACCGAGGGUACGAAGACGCCGUUCUGUACUUGAGGCGGCUGAACGCUGCUUACCUUAAUUCUCCCUCCAAGAGGGUCAUCUUCCCCCGGGUGGAAGUGUACUGCCAGAUAGAACUCGCCCUGGGCAACGCGCGCCCGGAACACAGUGAGCCAAGCCUCCAAUCAGAGCAGGCCAGUCUGGAAGAAUCCACGCAACUCCCCACACAAUGCGAUCGCAAAGAGCAAGAAAGCGGUGGCCGUGGCCCACUUGUGUCCCCACCUGUACAGACACCUGCAUGCACACACGAGUGGCCUGUGGAGUCACCCGCUUCGCCACCUGCCUCUUCAUCUGAGCAGUCACCCGCAUCGACCCUGGGCUCUUCCUCGUCACGUUCUGCGGCUGACUUGCCACCUGUAUCACUCCCAGCUGUGCCCUCACCGCCCAGCUCCUCACCUGGCCUGUCACCUGUGUCACCACAGCAGCAGGUACAGCUGACUGGGUCACCACCCGAGUCCCCACCCUCCCAGCCACCUCCGGGGCCUUCAGCUGCGGGGGCACCUCACACGUUGCCUCGAUGUUCUUCGACAUCACCUGCACAGCCAGCUGCGGAGGAGCUGGGCUCAGCACAGCCCCAAGUUCCUCUGGCCUCUUUGAAUCCCCAAAGCACCGCGCCUCUGGCGACCGUGAAGGAGACCAGCAGCAAGCCGGAUGCCGCGGCGAGCCCUGCCGGAGACGCCAACUGGGUGAACAAGGCGUUCAAGAAGAACAAACCAAAGACAAGUGGCACCAGAAAAGGCUUCCCGAGACAUCCGCGACCCAAAAAGCCAGGCAGCAAAGUGCAGUCUGCUCCCUGCCCACUCGACUUCUCUGCGCUCUCCACUUCCAAGACCGUGUGGGUCACCUACAGGCCUCACCCCAGCGGGAUCCAGGAAUGCAGCAGCCCCGAGGUGUGGAACUCCCCAGGGUGUCCCUGGAGGCCAGACACGACUGCCCUGUCCCGGGAUGCUGUGGUGACCCCUGAGCACCCUCAACCCAGUUUCCUUCCUGCCCCUCCCUGACCCUGCCCCUCUUCCUGGUCACAGUCAAGGCCAACACUAGCCCAUGCACUGCCUGUGCACUAAGAAAACAGCACCCCUUCCCUGAGAACUAGACUGCCAGCUGUGGAAGGUUGUCAUAUGCACUGCUUUUGUUAGAACAAUUGCCUGCUAACUGCAGAAAUCUGUAUGAGUGACGCACAGAGCGACAGAGCUGUGUAAAUAGCAUGGGAAGCCGUACAAUAACAUGUGCCAUAAGGCUCGCGCGGGGCCUACGCCUGUGUUGGCAGUGUAUCCUUGGCCAGCGUGCGGGGCCUCCGCCUCUUCCCUUCCCGAAAACCCACAUAUUAACGGACUUCUGUAAACCCAUAAUGUUUCAAACACUCUUAGUAACGAAGUGAACUUCUAACUGGC